AAUUGGUCUAUUCAGUGCCAGUUUAAUAAUCUGGAUCUUUGACAAAGGUAGUUCUUAGUCUUUUUCUUGUUCUUAGUGUUUCGAUAAGACUUAACGGUUAACGAGUAGUCAUUAACGAUUUGUAGUUAGUGGUUAGUGUUUGGUUAGGGAUAUGUUUGGCUAUUAGGUCUUCCUCGCUUCCGUUGUUCCCAGCGUUCCCGAAACCGUUCCAUACCUUCCAACAUGUGUAAAGAGAACUGGGCGCUACAGUAACUUGCACGCGAUCGAUCAUGUUUGGGUUUCUAGAGGUUUGCGUCGUAUUCCUUUUGCUCUUCAUCACCAGAAUUUACUUUUCCGAUUGCGAUGCAGUACUUCAUUUCUACGAGAGGUUUGCGAAGAAACCGGACAAAAGACUUCGAGGAAAGAUUAUCUGGAUAACAGGAGCGUCGAGUGGCAUUGGGGAACAUUUGGCCUACAAACUGGCUCAGUUUGGCUGUAAACUCGUACUGUCUGCAAGGAGAAAAGAUGAAUUAGAGAGGGUUAAAACUCAGUGUUUAAAUUUGGCAAGUAAAAUUUUUCCAUUAACAUUUGACGAAGAUUUUCUUGUUGUGCCACUGGAUGUUACAGACUUUACAUCACACAACAACUGUGCAGCCACAGUUUUUCAACACUUUGGGAAGAUUGAUUUCCUGGUGAACAAUGCAGGCAUUUUACAACUUGGUUUAGCUUCAGAAUGUGACCUUGAUGUAGAUCUGUCCGUCUUGAACAUUAAUGUGCUUGGUACAAUCUCAUUAACCAAAGCUGUCCUCCCUCACAUGGUUCGAAGUAAAAGUGGGCAAAUUGUUGUUCUAAGUAGUGCAUCUGGAAAAUGUGCUGCAGCUGGUUCAAGAUGUGCUGCAUAUGCAGCCUCAAAACAUGCUCUCCAGGGUUACUUCAACACAUUGCGAAUGGAAGUUCAUAACGAAAACGUCGGUGUCACUAUGGUUUGCCCUGGUUUAAUCCAUUCAAACAUUUUAAAGAAUGCUCUUCGAGAAAACCUACAGACUCGAAGAGAUCAAGAUUUUCCUCCAAGUACCAUUAAAACGGAAAGGGCAGUGCAUCUGCUUAUUAUUGCCAUGGUUAACGAGUUGAAAGAAGUCUGGAUUGCUGUUCCAAAACGAUUGGUUGACUUAUAUCUUGCACAGUAUUUACCAGUUGUGGGAAACUGGUGGCUUCAUCGGAAAAACCGAAAAGGCAGUUAGAGCGGAGAGUGGUACUAGAUUCCUGCUGAAGACCAAGCGUUUUGUGUCUACCGCUGAAGGAAUUCCUUAGGGUUUGCAGUACAUCCGGGAGAACAAGUUUACUGUUCAGCGGUACUUAGCUACAGACAGAUUAUCGCAAGACACGAGUUUCAAGCCCAAGAAGAGCUGGCUUGGUCCCUUUUUGUGACAGUACGUGAGACACGAGUUUCAAGCCCAGGAAGAGCUGACUUGGUCCCUUUUUGUAACAGUACGUGAGACACGAGUUUCAAGUCCAAGAAGAGCAGGCUUGGACCCUUUUUGUGACAGUACGUGAGACACGAGUUUCAAGCCCAGGAAGAGCUGGCUUGGUCCCUUUUUGUGACAGUACGUGAGAUAGGAGUUUCAAGCCCUAGAAGAGCUGGCUUGGUCCCUUUUUGUAACAGUACGUGAGACACGAGUUUCAAGCCCUAGAUGAGCUGGCUUGGUCCCUUUUUGUGACAGUACGUGAGACACGAGUUUCAAGCCCUAGAAGAGCUGGCUUGGUCCCUUUUUGUGACAGUACGUGAGACACGAGUUUCAAGCCCAGGAAGAGCUGGCUUGGUCCCUUUGUUUCACAGUACGUGAGACACGAGUUUCAAGCCCAAGAAGAGUUGGCUUGGUCCCUUUUUGUGACAAUACGUGAGACACGAGUUUCAAGCCCAAGAAGGGCUGACUUGGUCCCUUUUUGUGACAGUACGUGAGACACGAGUUACAAGCCCAGGAAGAGCUGGCUUGGUCCCUUUUUGUGACAGUACUUGAGACACGAGUUUCAAGCCCAAGAAGAGCUGGCUUGGUGCUUUUUUCUGACAGUACGUGAGACACGAGGUUUAAGCCCAAGAAUACUUUGCCUGCUCCCUUUUUUGACAGUAACUGAGUGACUUCGCAGCUUUAAGAAUGAUUUUGCUGUUUUAAAAUAAGAGUGAAGACGACUUUAGAAAACGUUUGUACUGUGUAAAUCAUGUUUCCCAGAUGAAUGGUAAUUGCAAACAAAAAACCUACAUUAGCUAUCAAAAGGGGACUAUUCGAUCACGUUAGUGAUUCCUAGAAUAACCCUGGUUAAAAAUCGUAAAGUAAUAUGUUUUAACAAUUAUUCUAUCUCGGGAAAAAGAAUCGACAAUCUUUUGACUGUGUAUCACCUAAUUUAGCUUAUUAAUGUCAACUCUACCUUAAAUUAAACUGUUUUCAAUAAAACGA